ACGAAACCAAAAACUCACCUGUGACUGUUUCUACCCCGGACAUUAUCAAGAGACUUAAAGAUAUUUUACAUCUCACGGUCUGAAGAUUAUUAUGGGAUAUAUUGGAGAGAGCUGCUUCUAAAAUGAGUCUCUAUGAGGAGAGAGAGGAUGGAGCUGUUCACCAUCAGAGAGCAGCAUCUCCAGAAUCCAGCUAUGUGUUUAUGAAGAGUAACAACUCCAUGAUUAAACCCCCUGAUCUCAGUGAUGGAGCAGUGACCUCUGACCCUGUACAGAGAAACACAUUUGUACCUCCAGAAUCCAGCUGUGUGUCUAUGAAGAGUAACAUCUCCAUGCAUCAUCCCCCUGAUCUCAGUGAUGGAGUGAUCAGACAGAGAAACACAUUUGUACCUCCAGAAUCCAGCUGUGUGUCUAUGAAGAGUAACAUCUCCAUGCAUCAUCCCCCUGAUCUCAAUGAUGGAGUGAUCAGAAACACCAGAGGGAGAAAGAGAGGGAGAGAUACAUCACAUGAUGAAACAGACUAUGAAGAAGAUGACAAAACACUGGCCCAGAGAAUCAAACUUCUAGAAUAUCCAGAAGAGUCCAUGGGUAACAGCUCCAUGUUUGAUCCCUCUAAUCUCAGUGCUGUCUCGGUGAUCAGUGUGGAGAUAGCUGAUCUGAUCAGAUCUGGGACGUCCGAUCGGACAGAAGCAGUGGAUGAUGUCCUACAGAGACUCAAAGACACUCACAAAACCAUCAUGAAGAACCAGUAUGAGAGUUUAUUUGAGGGAAUCAAACUACAAGAGAAUCAAACCCUCCUGAACAGGAUUUACACACAGCUCUACAUCAUCGAGGGAGAGAGUGAAGGAGUGAAUGAAGAACAUGAGGUUUUACAGAUGGAGAAAAGUUACAGGACACUCCAAGACACUCCAAUCAACUGCAAUGACAUCUUUAAACCUUUAUCUGAACCAGGAUGUGAGGAGAAGAGAAGAGAAAACAUCAAGACUGUUCUCACUAAAGGCAUCGCUGGAAUUGGAAAAACAGUCUCUGUGCAGAAGUUCAUUGUGGACUGCGAGGGAAAAGCCAAUCAAGAUGUAGAUUUCAUGUUUGUGCUUCCAUUUCGAGAGCUGAACUUGAUUAAAGAUCACCAGUACAGUCUUCACAAACUUCUGCUGGACUUUCAUCCUGACCUUCAUGAUCUGGACUCAAAGAUUUAUGAUGAGUGUAAAGUUGUGUUCAUCUUUGAUGGUCUGGAUGAAAGCAGAAUUCCUCUGAAGUUUUCAGACAGUGAGAAAGUUUCUGAUGUGACUGAGACUUCAUCAGUGGGUGUGUUGAUGUCAAACCUCAUCAAAGGAGAUCUGCUUCCCUCCGCUCUCAUCUGGAUCACCUCCAGACCAGCAGCAGCCAAUCAGAUCCCCUCCAGAUACAUCAAACGUGUGACCGAAAUCCAGGGAUUCAAUGACCCUCAGAAGGAGGAAUAUUUCAGGAAGAGAAUCAGUGAUGAGCAUCAAGCCAGCAGAAUCAUCUCACACAUUAGAAGAGCAAGAAGCCUCCACAUCAUGUGCCACAUACCAGUCUUCUGUUGGAUCUCAUCCACUGUGCUUCAAAUCAUCCUGAAACAAGACGACAGUGCAGAAAUCCCUCAAACUCUGACUGAAAUGUACAUCCACUUCCUGCUCAUUCAGAUCAAAAUGAGGAAUGAGAAGUAUGAAGAGAGAGAUCCAGAGAAAGUGAUUGUGAAACUUGCUGAACUGGCUUUCAAACAGCUGAUGAAGGGCAAUGUCAUGUUCUAUGAGGAGGACCUGAUUGAGAGCGGCAUAGACGUCACUGAAGCCUCAGUGUAUUCUGGGAUCUGCACUGAAAUCUUUAAGGAGGAAUCUGUGAUUAAUCAGAGGAAAGUCUACAGCUUCAUUCAUCUGAGCUUUCAGGAGUUUUUUGCAGCACUUUAUGUGUUUUUCUGUUAUUUACACAAGAACUGUGAGGUUCUGAAAAUGUUUCUGAGUGGAAAACACAGAACUCGAUGUGAGGAUGUUCCUCUGGAUAUGUUUAUGAGAGGAGAACACAGAACUCGAUGUGAGGAUGUUCCUCUGGAUGUGUUUCUGAAGGAAGUAGUGAAUGAAGCCCUGAAGAGUGAAACUGGACAUCUGGAUCUUUUCCUUCGAUUCCUUCAUGGCAUCUCACUGGAGUCCAAUCAGAGACUCUUACAGGAUCUACUGAAACACACAGAGAACAAUCCAAAGAUCAUGAAGAAAAUAAUCCAAAACCUCAAACAAAAUCAAAAAGAAAACGUCAGUCCUGAAAGAUGGAUGAAUCUCUCACACUGCUUGAUUGAAAUGAAAGAUAAUUCUGUUGUUGAAGAAAUGCAGGUCUUUUUAAAAUCUGAAACAAAGAAAAGUCUUUCUCCUGUACAAUGUUCAACUUUGGCCAACAUGAUCCUGAUGUCAGAGGAGGUGCUGGAUGAGUUAGACCCCAACAAAUGGCAAAUAUAUUCAAGAGAGGGUCGACAGAGACUCGUACCAGCUGUGAGGAACUGCAGAAAAGCUCUUAUGUCCGGCUGUGAUCUGACGGUUCAGCACUUUGAAAUUGUGUCAUCAGCUCUACAAUCAUCAAACUCUCCUCUGAGAGAGCUGGAUCUGAGUAACAAUGACCUGCAGGAUUCAGGAGUGAAGCUGAUCUCUGAUGCACUGAAGAGUACAAACUGUCAUCUGGAGAUACUGAGAUUGUGCGGCUGUAAUCUCACUGAUCAAUGUUAUGAAAGUCUGGCGUCAGCUCUGCAAUCAUCAAACUCUCCUCUGAGAGAGCUGGACCUGAGUAACAAUGACCUGCAGGAUUCAGGAGUGAAGCUGAUCUCUGAUGCACUGAAGAGUACAACCUGUCAUCUGGAGAUACUGAGAUUGUGCGGCUGUAAUCUCACUGAUCAAUGUUGUGAAAGUCUGGCGUCAGCUCUACAAUCAUCAAACUCUCCUCUGAGAGAGCUGGACCUGAGUAACAAUGACCUGCAGGAUUCAGGAGUGAAGCUGAUCUCUGAUGCACUGAAGAGUACAAACUGUCAUCUGGAGAUACUGAGAUUAUCUGGCUGUAUGGUGACAGAGGUCGGCUGUUGUUAUGUUGCUUCAGCUCUGAUUUCAAACCCUUCACACCUUAAAGAGCUGGAGUUGAGCUACAAUCACCCAGGAGAAUCAGGAGUCAAACUGCUCACUGAGAGACUCAAUGAUCCACAAUGCACACUGGACAAACUCAAUGUGAAUCACGGAGCAGAGACCAAUAUGACACCUGGACCACAAAAAUAUUUCUGUGAUCUCACACUGGAUCCAAAUACAGCACACACUAAACUCUCUCUGUCUGAGGAGAACAGGAAGGUGACACGUGUGAGAGAGAGUCAGUCAUAUCCGGAUCAUCCAGAGAGAUUUGAUUAUCCUCAGGUUCUGUGUAGAGAGAGUCUGACUGGACGCUGUUACUGGGAGACUGAAUGGAGCGGGAACAGAGUUGAUAUAUCAGUGACAUAUAAAGGAAUCAAUAGGAAAGGAUGGAGUUAUGAUUGUUUGUUUGGAUGGAAUAAAAUCUCCUGGAGUCUGAACUGCUCUAAUGACAGAUUCAGUGUCUGGCACAAUAAUAACAGCACUGUCAUACGAGUCCCUUCAGUCCGCUCUAAGAGAAUAGGAGUGUAUCUGGACUGGACGUCCGGCACUCUGUCCUUCUACAGCGUCUCUCACACACACACACUCACACACAUACACACACUCAACACCACAUUCACUGAACCGCUCUAUGCUGGAUUUACAGUUUAUCCUGAUUCCUCAGUGACUCUGUGUCACAUUAAACAACCGUCUGUGUGAGAAACAACAGAGAACACACACACACACACAUACACUCAUACACACACACACACAUAAACACACACACUCACUCACACACACACACAAACACACACACAUAAACACACACUCACACAUAAACACACAUAAACACACUCACACAUAAACACACACACUCACAUACACACACACACACACACAUAUAAACACACACUCACACACACA